GAAAAGAAAAAAAGAGAGAAGAAAUUAGUGAAAAUAACCCAAAAACAAUAACAAACCCACUUAUACGCGCCUUUUUCCCCCUUACACCCUCCUCACUCAUCUGAAAGUCCCGGCUCCUAAAACCCUUCCCUCUUCUUCCCUAGUUCCCUGGGUCCAUACAUUUCUCAUGUAAACUGUAUGAACUAUGGAGCCUUCAUAGUUCAUAUGCAUGUAUAUAUGCAAUCCAAUCAAAGAAACUAUUGAAUUUAAUCUCCAUAAAAUCAGACAAGAUGAGCACAGUCGAUAAGAUGCUGAUAAAGGGCAUCCGGAGUUUCGACCCGGAAAACAAGAACGUCAUCACAUUCUUCAAGCCCUUAACCCUAAUCGUUGGCCCCAAUGGCGCUGGCAAAACGACCAUAAUCGAGUGCUUGAAGGUCGCCUGCACUGGGGAGUUACCUCCAAAUGCUAGGUCAGGCCACAGUUUCGUUCAUGAUCCCAAGGUUGCAGGGGAAACGGAGACAAAAGGGCAGAUAAAACUCCGAUUCAAGACCGCGGCAAGUAAGGAUGUGGUGUGUAUCAGGUCAUUUCAGCUGACCCAGAAAGCAUCGAAGAUGGAGUAUAAGGCAAUCGAGAGUGUUCUUCAGACAAUUAAUCCUCACACUGGAGAGAAAGUUUGCCUCAGUUACCGAUGUGCUGACAUGGAUCGGGAGAUCCCUGCUCUUAUGGGUGUCUCAAAGGCGGUCCUUGAAAAUGUUAUAUUUGUACACCAAGAUGAGGCUAACUGGCCUUUGCAAGAUCCUUCUACAUUGAAAAAAAAGUUUGAUGAUAUCUUCUCUGCAACUAGAUACACAAAGGCCUUGGAGGUUAUUAAAAAACUUCAUAAGGAUCAGGCUCAAGAGAUAAAGACGUAUAAGCUGAAGUUGGAGAAUCUUCAAAUCUUGAAAGAUGCUGCAUACAAGCUUCGGGAAAGCAUCUCUCAAGAUCAAGAGAAAACAGAGACAUUAAAAAGUCAAAUGCAGGAACUUGAAAAAAACAUUCAAAAUGUGGAUUCUAGGAUCCAUCAUACUGAAGCAACACUAAAAGAUUUGCGGAAACUACAGGACCAGAUAUCUACCAAGUCUGCUGAAAGAAGCACUUUGUUCAAGGAGCAGCAGAAACAGUAUGCAGCUCUUGCUGAGGAAAAUGAAGACACUGAUGAGGAAUUGAAGGAAUGGAAAACCAAAUUUGAAGAAAGAAUUGCACUUUCGGAAUCUAAAAUUAAUAAGCUGCAGAGAGAAAAAAAUGACACGGAGACAACCAGUUCCAUCCUUAAGAAUACAAUUACUGAUUAUAUCCGUGAGAUCAGCAAGCUUCAAACGGAGGCUGAAGCUCAUAUGUCCCUGAAGAAUGAAAGAGAUUUAACAAUUCAAAAGCUUUUUAAAAGGCACAAUUUAGGGUCUGUUCCAAAUACACCAUUCGACAAUGAAGUUGCUGUGAACCUAACAAAUCGCAUAAAAUCAAGGUUAAUGGAUCUUGAGAACGACUUGCAAGAUAAAAAGAAAUCAAACAAGACAGAACUUGAGGUGGCAUGGGAUUGUUACAUGCAUGCAAAUGACCGUUGGAAAGAUGUUGAGGCUCAAACACAGGCUAAAGUGGAGAUCAAGGGUCGUAUUUUGACACGUAUAGAAGAGAAGAAAAACGAGCGUGAUUCAUUUGAACUCCAGAUUUCUAAUGUUAAUCUGGCUCGCAUGGAUGAGAGAGAAAAGAACAUGCAUAUUGAGGUUGAGAGGAAGACAAAUCAACUUGCUGAAAGAGAAUUUGAAUCAAAUAUACGCCAAAAGCAGAGUGAAAUAUUUUCCAUAGAACAACAAAUUAAAUCUCUUAACCGCGAAAGAGACAACAUGGCUGGUGAUUCGGACGACAGAGUGAAACUGUCUCUUACGAAAGCAGAGUUGGAAAACCACAGGAAGAAACACAAAAAGAUAAUGGAUGAAUACAAGGAUAGAAUUAGAGGAGUGCUAAAAGGAAGGCUUCCUCCUGACAAGGAUUUAAAGAAAGAAAUUACCCAAGCCCUAAGGCCUCUUGGGAUGGAGUUUGAUGACUUGAACUCAAAAUCUCGUGAAGCUGAGAAGGAGGUGAAUGUGUUGCAGUUGAAAAUACAAGAAGUUAAUAAUAACCUGUCCAAACUUCACAAGGAUAUGGACUCAAGGAAGAGAUUUAUUGAAUCAAAACUCCAGUCAUUGGAUCAGCAGUCUCUUAUUGACUCAUAUCUUAAAGUCUUGGAUGUGGCUAAAGAUAAAAGAGACGUCCAGAAAAGCAAAUACAACAUCGCUGAUGGUAUGAGGCAAAUGUUUGAUCCAUUUGAAAGGGUAGCUCGUGCUCAUCAUGUUUGCCCUUGCUGUGAACGUCCUUUCUCUGCUGAAGAGGAAGAUGAAUUUGUUAAAAAGCAAAGAGUGAAGGCCGCAAGUUCUGCGGAGCGCCUGAAAGUUUUGGCUGUGGAUUCUUCAAACGCCGAUUCCCACUUUCAGCAGUUAGACAAGCUUCGUAUGGUAUACGAAGAAUAUGCUAAAAUUGGCAAAGAAACAAUUCCUCUUGCGGAGAAAAAUUUGAACGAGCUAAACGAAGACUUGGAUAGAAAAUCACAGGCUCUUGAUGAUGUGUUGGGUGUUUUAGCUCAAAUAAAGGCUGACAAGGACUCGAUUGAGGCAUUAGUGCAGCCUGUGGAAAAUGCUGAUAGGCUCUCUCAAGAAAUACAGAAUUUGCAAAAACAAAUUGAUGAUUUGGAGUAUAAGCUUGAUUUUCGAGGGCAAGGUGCCAAAUCUUUGGAGGAAAUUCAGUUGGAGCUGAACACCUUGCAGAGCACAAAGGACAAUUUGCAUAAUGAUUUGGAGAAGCUAAGAGAUGAACAAAGGUAUAUGGAAAAUGAUUUGUCAAGUAUUCAGAUAAGGUGGCAUGCUCAACGGGAAGAAAAGAUGAAAGCAGCAAAUACAUUGCGUGAUGUCAAAAAGGCAGAGGAAGAGUUAGAUCGUUUGGCAGAGGAGAAAAGUCAAGUUGAUCUUGAUGAGAAGCAUUUGGCGGAGGCUCUUGGCCCUUUAUCCAAGGAGAAAGAGAAAUUUUUAAGUGACUAUAACGACUUGGCAGCAAAACUUAAUCGUGAAUAUGAGGAGCAGGCUGAACUUAAAAGAAAUUAUCAGCAGGAAGUUGAGACACUUGGUAAAGUGGCUUCUAAAAUAAAAGAGUACUAUGAUUUCAAGAAAGGAGAGAGGUUAAAGGAACUGCAAGAAAAGCAAACUCUAUCGGAAUCACAACUAAAAAGUUGUGAUAUCAGGAAUCAGGAAAUUUCGGCUGAACUAACCAAAAGUAAAGAUUUGAUGAGGAACCAAGACCACUUAAGACGCAAUAUUGAGGACAAUUUGAAUUACAGAAAGACAAAGGCUGACGUAGAUGAGCUCACCCGUGAGAUUGAAGCACUGGAAGACCAAAUACUGAAGAUUGGUGGGGUUUCCAGCUUUGAAGCUGAUCUUGUAAAGCUCUCGCAGGAAAGAGAACAACUUCUUUCAGAGUUAAACAGGUUCCAUGGAACAAUGUCUGUAUAUCAGAGCAAUAUUUCAAAGAACAAAAUUGAUCUUAAACAGACACAAUACAAGGAUAUUGACAAACGGUAUUUUGAUCAGCUAAUUCAGCUCAAGACAACUGAGAUGGCAAACAAGGACCUGGACAGAUAUUACAAUGCACUUGACAAAGCACUCAUGCGCUUCCACACAAUGAAAAUGGAAGAAAUAAAUAAGAUCAUAAGGGAAUUGUGGCAGCAAACGUACAGGGGACAGGAUAUAGAUUACAUAAGCAUCCAUUCAGAUUCUGAAGGUGCUGGGACUCGAUCUUACAGCUACAGGGUUCUAAUGCAAACUGGUGAUGCAGAACUAGAAAUGCGAGGAAGAUGUAGUGCAGGUCAAAAGGUCCUUGCUUCCCUUAUCAUACGGUUGGCGUUGGCUGAAACAUUUUGCCUCAACUGUGGAAUACUAGCACUAGAUGAACCAACCACCAACUUAGAUGGCCCAAAUGCCGAGAGUCUUGCUGCAGCUCUCCUGAGAAUAAUGGAGGACAGAAAAGGGCAGGAGAAUUUUCAACUGAUAGUAAUUACUCAUGAUGAGCGGUUCGCUCAACUUAUUGGUCAACGCCAGCAUGCAGAACGAUAUUAUCGGGUCGCAAAGGAUGACCAUCAGCAUAGUAUAAUCGAAUCCCAGGAGAUAUUUGAUUGAAGCUCAUGCAUAUGAUGAGGAAUUCUUCAUUUUGAAUUUUGGGAGCAGAUAUUAGAAUGUUAUUUUCUUUUUAAGUGAAGGAUUUAUCUAUGUCAAACAGACGCGCCCAGUUGCCCAUUUACAAAAAUUGAAGCUUUACUUCAAACAAGACUGCAAUUCAACAA